AUGGCUUUGCUCCAUCCCUUCACCAGCCUCCUCCUCCUCCUCGCUGUGCUCCUUUCCUGGGCUGCAAACCGGUCUCUGCUGCCCCCCGGCUCCCUGCCUGCCGUCCCCCCCCUGCCCCUUCUGCAGGCCCUGCAAAUGCAGGCACCAGACAGCUGGGACUGGCGAGCAGGGCCAGCAAGUGGGCAGCCCCUGCGCUACAUGCUGAACCUGUACCGGCAUGCCGCUGACCGUGAAGGGCGACCCCGCCGUGGCCGCAGCCUCGGCACCAACACAGUCCGCCUGGUCCAGGCCGGUUCCCAUGGGGGUCAGCCCUGGGCAGGUCGCUGGUAUGUGCAGCCCCUCACCUACCGCCUGGAGGGCCAGCCUGAUGCCGAGCACCUCCUCCGAGCCACCGUGGUCUACCUGCCCAGCCUGCCGCUGGCCCAUGGUCGCCUUCUCUGUGCCCUGGAGCUGCUGACCACCAGUGAGGCACCUGCAGCUCUGCUCAGCCCUGCUGCCCAUCCCCGCCAUGGCUGGGCCGAAGUGGACGUCACCCCCUACCUGGUGCUGGGGAAUGGCAGUGCAGUGAGCCUGGUGCUGCAGCAUGUCUGUGUGCGUGCCGGUCGGGCAGGGGGCCGCGAUGCCCCAGUGGCCCCCAGCCACCCCUUCCUCCUCCUCUACCUCAACGACACCCAGGCUGGCCUGGCACCUCCAGCAGCAGAGCCCCACCGGCACCGGCGUGACACAGGGACGCUGGCCCAUGACCUGCCCAGCUACCUGCGGGAGCAGGGAGGGGAGAAGAGUGACUGUUCCCUGCGCCCCUUCCCUGUCAGCUUCGCCCAGCUGGGCUGGGACCACUGGAUCAUUGCUCCCCACCGCUACAACCCGCGUUACUGCAAGGGUGCCUGUCCCCGCCUGCUCCGCUACGACUACCAUGCACCCAACCAUGCCGUGGUGCAGAGCUUCGUCCAUCAGCUGGUGGAUGCCAACGUGCCCCGGCCCUCCUGUGUCCCCUACCGCUACAGCCCCAUCAGUGUCCUCAUGAUCGAGCGCGACGGUGGCAUCCUCUACAAGGAGUAUGAGAACAUGAUUGCUGAGUCCUGUACCUGCCGGUAA